AUGGGAGAGAUAUGUCCUCGUAGGGAGGAUUUCGAUAUUGAUUACAUUCUCAAGAACGCCUCGUUACUUGAGAAGGUUUCCCUUCUUGCUGGCUAUGACUUUUGGCAUACAGCUCCCCUACCACGGUUCAACGUUCCCUCGGUCAGAGUCAGCGAUGGUCCCAACGGCGUUCGAGGAACCAAGUUCUUCGACGGCGUCCGCGCCGCCUGUCUUCCUUGUGGCACCGGCCUCGCCGCCACGUGGGAUCAGUCUUUGCUUUACGAUGCUGGGGUGCUCAUCGGCCAAGAGUGCCUAGCCAAAGGUGCUCACUGCUGGCUAGUACCCACAGUGUGUAUCCAACGGUCGCCCCUUGGGGGCAGAGGGUUUGAGUCUUUCGCGGAGGACCCAUAUGCCACCGGUAAACUUGCCGCCGCGUACAUCCGAGGUGCCCAGUCCACCGGCGUGAUAUCCACAAUCAAGCAUUUCGCCGCAAACGACCAGGAGCAUGAGAGAAUUAGCGUCAAUGCCGUCAUGAGCGAGCGAGCUUUGCGCGAGGUUCAUUUGUUGCCCUUUCAGAUCGCUAUCGCCGAUUCCGCGCCGGGCGCCGUCAUGACAUGCUACAACAAAGUCAACGGACAGCAUCUUUCGGAGAGCAAGGAGAUGUUGGACGGUCUGUUGCGCAGGGAAUGGGGCUGGAAGGGUCUCAUCAUGAGCGACUGGUUUGGAACGUACUCGACCGCCGAGGCUCUCAAUGCCGGCCUUGGCUUGGAGAUGCCGGGCACCACUAGGCUUCGAGGACCGUUACUGGAGCUUGCGAUUUCGAGCCGCAAAGUCUCCCGCGCGACGCUGGACGAGCGCGCCAGGACCGUGCUCGAAUUCGUUCAGCGAGCCAGAAAGGCCGAGGUUUCGGCCGUUGAGAGCACACGAGACUUUCCCGAGGAUCGCAGGCUGAACCGCAAACUUGCUGCCGAUAGCAUUGUCCUUCUGAAGAACGAGUCCGGGCUGUUGCCGCUCAACCCGCAGACGUUGACGAGUGUCGCCCUGAUAGGGCCAAACAUGAAGACUGCGGCGUUCUGCGGAGGAGGUUCGGCGUCGCUUCAACCCUACUACAGCACCUCGCCGUACCAGGGAAUCACGAGCCAGCUCCCGCCGGGCGUCGAGGUUCUUUACGAGACGGGCGCUACCUCGUAUGCCUUCAUCCCGGAGCUGGAGGCGUCAGAGGUGCGCACGCCGGAAGGCCAGCCUGGGCUGCGAAUGCGCUUCUACCGAGACCCGCCCUCCGUCCAAGAACGGCGCGUGCUGAUGGGCUUCUCCAACCCGGAGUUGGACCGGCUCUUCUACGCAGACAUUGAAGCCGAGCUGAUUGCUCCCGCCACUGGUCCUUUCCAAUUCGGCCUGGCUGUCUAUGGGUCUGCCAGUCUCUUUCUCAACGACCAGCUUAUCAUCGACAACACGACUGUGCAACGAGGUGGCACGUUCUUCUUCGGCAAAGGCACCCUGGAGGAAACGGCCACGGUGGAUCUUGUUCAGGGUCAGUCGUACCAGAUCAAGGUGCAAUUCGCGAGUGGGCCUUCCUCCAAGCUCGUCAAACCUGGAGUGGUGAAUUUCGGCGGCGGCGCCGGUCGCCUGGGAAUGGUUCAGGUUGUCGAUCCGGAGCGGGCGAUCGCCCGGGCCGUUGAGGCCGCGAAGCGUGCCGACAUCACGAUCCUGGGGGUUGGGCUGACGCGAGACCAUGAAUCAGAGGGAUUCGAUCGGUCCCACAUGGAUCUUCCUCCGGCCGUUGCCUCCCUGGUCACCGCUGUCCUGGACGUGGCGCCGGACGCCAUUCUCCUAACCCAGAGCGGCACGCCGUUCAGCAUGCUUCCGUGGGCCGACCUUGUGAAGACGCAUCUCCACGCAUGGUUCGGGGGGAACGAGCUCGGCAAUGGCAUUGCUGAUGUAUUGUUCGGUGUGGUCAAUCCCAGUGGAAAACUCCCGCUUUCGUUUCCGCGACGAAUCGAAGACACUCCGACAUAUCUCAAUUUCGGAAGCGAGCGCGGGCAAGUCACUUAUGGCGAGGGCAUUUACGUGGGUUACAAAUUACUACGAAAAAGUCCGACGAGCUGUGCUCUAUCCAUUCGGGCACGGUUUGUCGUACACCUCCUUUGCGUACUCCGAUUUGACGGUCGACACCGCGUCCGCUACACUGAAUGUUCGAAACUCGGGAGACGUGGCCGGAGCGGAAGUAGUCCAGCUGUAUAUCGCGGCCGAUCCAACAACGUCGUCAAUCGCACGUCCCAUCAAGGAGCUCAAAGGAUUUCCAAAGGUGGCUUUGCAGCCCGAUGA